UGUAUGAGUGGAAGGAGAGGUUGAAGCAGGGUUGCCACAUCAUCCAGACCACGCCCUCCGGACGCCCUGCCAACAUAAGCUCCACCUCCUCCCAGAGGAUCUACGUGACGUAUCGCCGCGCCACGGAGAGCCAGACCUACGCCGCCCUGGCCGUCACAGACAUCUGUGUCAUCAUCCCCGGCAAGGGAGAGACGCCACCACACACCUUCUGCAAGGUGGACAAGAACCUCAACAGCAGUAUGUGGGGUUCCUCUGUCUAUCUGUGUUACAAGAAGUCUGUGGCCAAACCCAACACCAUAGCCUACAAGGCAGGUCUGUUUAGCAGGUAUCCUGAGGAGGACUAUGAGUCCUUCCCCCUGCCUGAGUCCGUGCCUCUGUUCUGUCUGCCCAUGGGGGCCACCAUCGAGGCCUGGCCGGCCCAGACCAAAUACCCCCUGCCUGUCUUCUCCACCUUCGUACUGACCGGAUCCUCUGGAGAGAAGGUGUACGGUGCAGCCAUCCAGUUCUACGAGCCCUACUCCCAGGACUGUCUGACCGACCAGCAGCGCUCUCAGCUGGGUCUGCCGGGGCUGGACCACGGGCCCUCUUCCCCAGCCUCAUCCCCAGCCACCUCCCCCUCCACCCCAGCUCCGGGCCCCAGAGCGCUACACACCAACAAGUGCAUCUGUUUGCUGUCUCACUGGCCCUUCUUUGACGCCUUCCGCAAGUUCCUCACCUUCCUCUAUCGAUACUCCAUCUCUGGACCUCACACCCUGCCCAUCGAGAAGCACAUCUCCCACUUCAUGCACAAGGUCCCCUUCCCCUCCUCUCAGAGGCCCAGGAUACUGGUGCAGCUCUCUCCUCACGACAGCCUGAUGUUGAGCCAGCCUGUGUCAUCCCCUCUACCACUCAGUGGUGGUCGGUUCUCCAUACUGCUGCAGAACCUCGGUCCGGAGAAUGCUAUAACGCUCCUGGUGUUUGCUGUGACAGAACAUAAGAUCCUGGUCCACUCUCUACGGCCCGCUGUGCUGACCAGUGUCACUGAGGCUCUGGUGGCUAUGAUCUUCCCAUUCCACUGGCCGUGUCCGUACAUCCCUCUGUGCCCGCUGGCUCUGGCAGGGGUCCUCUCCGCCCCCUGCCCCUUCAUUGUGGGGGUCGACUCACGCUACUUUGACCUUUACGACCCCCCGCUGGACGUCAGCUGUGUCGACCUCGACACGAACACCAUCUCCCACAACGGAGAUAAGAGGGCCCUGACCUGGAAGAUCCUGCCAAAGAAAGCCUGUAAAAACCUGAUGAAUGUGCUGAACAAUCUCUACCAGCAACUGGUGGACGGUCAGCAGCGUCCUGAUGGCCUAUUGGAGCUGAGUAUGAGUGACUGUACAGAGCUGGCCUGUGGGAAGAGCCUCCACAGCCUGGAGAUGGAGAUACAGGAAGCCUUCCUCAGGUUCAUGGCGGCCAUCUUGAAAGGCUACCGCUCAUACCUGAGACCCAUCACCCAGGCCCCGUCUGAGAAGACUACUGACGCCUCCUCUCUCUUUGACCUGCAAGGGUUCCUGAAGAGCAGAGACCGGUCCCACCAGAAGUUCUACUCCCUGAUGACCAAGACUCAGAUGUUCAUCAGAUUCAUAGAGGAGUGCUCCUUCGUCUCAGACAAAGACGCCAGCUUGGCCUUCUUCGAUGACUGUGUGGACAAGCUCUACAGUGCAGACAAAGGAGGCAAGGUGGACAGCGAUAAGCCAGAUGAGACCAGGCUGAUAGAGAUUUCUGAAUCACAGCGCAGCGAGCACACAGUCUUCAUCACCCCUGAACUACCCCACCUGCCUGAUGGAGAGGAGCACCCACUCUGCUACAGCUAUGCAGGUUUCCCGGUGUUGAGUCUUGAUCUGUUUGACCCCAUGGAAGGCCUCCGACCCCCUGCCUCUCGGCUGGCUGCCCGACAGAGCUGCCCAACUAGCCCUGCACCCAUGUUCAGACGCACCAAACAGGAGAUCAAGUUGUCUCAGAAGUUAGCCAAGAAGUACUCUUCCAUCCCUCAGAUGUGGUCCAAGUGUCUGCUGUGCCACUGCUACGGCCUGUGGUUCAUCUGUCUGCCGUCCUACGUCAAGGUGUGCCACUCCAAGGUGCGGGCGCUGCGCACCGCCUACGACGUCCUCAGGAAGAUGCAGGACAAGAAACUACAGCCUCCCGACGAGGUCUGUUACAGGGUCUUGAUGCAGCUGUGUGGUCAGUACGGCCAGCCAGUCCUGGCGGUCAGAGUUCUGUUUGAGAUGAAGAAGGCUGGAGUCCAACCCAACGCCAUCACCUACGGCUACUACAACAAGGCGGUGUUAGAGUCUACCUGGCCCUCCAGUACCAGAGGAGGUUACUUCAUGUGGAUGAAGCUGAGGAACGUGGUUAUGGGUGUGGCUCAGUUCAGACAGGCGCUACGCAAACAGCAGCCUCCACCCACUCAGAGCCCUCUGUCAGAUGGCAGCGACCUGGACGCUGUGAGUCACGGCAGCCUGGAUAGCUCUGCCGACACGAACACGGCCGAGCAGGGCCCCUACGUCCCUGACUCCAUCAAAGUAGACCCCACUGACGAUAGGCGUAGCACAGGUGAGCAGUCAGACCUGGGGUAUAACUCCCUCUCUAAAGAAGAGGUACGUAGAGGAGAGCCCAGCCCGCUGGACAGGGACGGCACCCAGGACAAGGACAACAAGAAGGAGAGUGACUGCAGCUCCUUGUCGGAGACAGAGAGUGCUAAGAGCAGUGGAGACUGUCUCCCUCAACAGGACUUCCCAGAGGUCAACGGUCCAUUCAAGCGGCAUAAUUCCGGCAUCGUCCGCGGCAACUAUCCCUAUGACGAUGUAGCCUGUGAGCCCAAGGGGUCAACCAGCACAGACCAUGUAGCAGGUCUCCUGUUGAGCUCCUCUCUGAAUGAGGUAGGUGUGGUUGAGACCAACAGUCUGAGGAGGAGACAUCUCAGUGCCCUUGAGGAGGGAGGUGGCAGUGGGAGUAGUGGUGGAGGAGGAAGAGGAGGCCAUGACUGGCAGGGUGUGCGAGGGUACAGACUGAGUGGAGACAACAGGGUUGGCAGUGGUAGCAGUGGCACUCCAGUGUUGGGUCUGGGACUGCACCAGGGAGAGACUGACCCAGCCAGGAUAGCAGAGAACCUGGGGGCAGACACCAAGAUCCUCCUGGGGACCAGCUUCAGCCAGACCAACAGGCCACGGUCGUUAGUCCUGGGAGGGUCAGAGGGGGUUGGAGCAGCCGGGGGAAGAACCAGGCGCUGCAGACGUAGAGACAGCCCUGAAGACGGAGAGGAGAGGGACUGGAGUGACGAGGACAAGAAUGACAAGAAUAAUACAGACGCCAUCUUUGAUCUGGAGGACCUAGAUCUGGACGGACCAACCACAGAGAGCGUUGUUAAAACCAGCCAAUCACGGAAGAGGACGGUGGAACGCAGCGCCAGCUAUGGCGGUGUGGGUGUGGCCUCAGCCUCGCGGGGCACCGUUAAACGAACGGGGAUCGAGACAGGCUUCGACCCGCUGUCCCUCCUGGUGGCCGAGUCCAAGUCCCAGGGAGACAGAGAGGACGACCUGGAAGUGGAGGUGGAUGGGGUCGCGACCCCUACGGGCCGGCGCCAGGACCACCUGGCUAGGGAGAUAGAGAUGUACAUGAACCAUAUGGGUUCUCCUCUGAACAGCCGGACACCCAGUUUGGACUUCCAGGACCCCUCCAGCCCCCUGUUCCUCCACCCUCCUCCCCCACUUAUCACCACCCCUCGACGGGCCAGUCUCCCCCAUACCUCCGCUCUCAGGACAGGAGGAUUACCUCGCUCAAGGACCCACAACUCCCCCUCGCCCUCCCAGCCUGCCAGACAGAGGCUCUGGUCCUCACCCCCCUGUCCCCGCUCCACCCCCAGCCCACAGCCCAGCCCCUACCGGGAGAGGGAGAGAGACCGGGACCUGGGUUUGCUGUCCCCGUCUCUGUCCUCCUCCUCCUUCGCCCUGGACCAGCUCCUCACCCCCACCCUGGAUGUGUUGAAGAGCAGCAUGGUCUCGGCAGGGAAAGGUGUGGCAGAGAAGGCUAGCCGGUGGUACUCUCGCCUGGCCACCUCCUACACUGUGCCCACCAAGGAUGGUAACUGUGACCGUCUGAGUGUGUCCUCUCUGGGCAUGGACCCUGACUGCUCCUCCCUGUUGGAUGUGGAUGAGGAGGGCCUGGGGGACCCAGACGGCUCCAUCACCUCCCCUCAGAGAAAUGGCCCCGGGCCCCGUAGGAGCCCAAGGAGAAGCCCGUCCAGACGCAGUUCCCUGAGGAGCAGACUGGACAGUUCCACACACAGACAGACAGGCUUUCCUCCCCCAGACUGCUCUGAUCUGGGCUCGUCUCGCUACACCAGCAAUACCAGUGUCUUCCAGAACCACGCCAUGGAGCUGUUGAUCUCCAGCUGUUCUCGCUGUAAGACGUGUGACGGUCUGGUGUACGACGAGGAGAUCAUGGCAGGAUGGACGGCUGACGACUCCAACCUCAACACCACCUGUCCCUUCUGUGGGAACCCCUUCCUCCCCUUCCUUAAUGUAGAGAUCAGAGACCUGAGAGGACCUGGGAGGUUCUACCUGAAGAGCAGUCCGUCAGCGGAGGAGGCUGUGUCAUCGUCCUACUCUGUGUCCACCGGUCUGGACACCGGGACGUCCACUCUGUCCACUCCCUGUCCCACUACUGUCCUGUCUCCUCUCUCACCCAGGAUCACUGUAGAGGGCUGCUCUGGUAACAGCAGGCUGUCGUCGUCCAGGGCCCAGUGUAUAGAGAUCCCUACAGAGCGGCGUCAGGGGGCCCUGUCCCCGGGGUCAGCUAUGGUGCGGAGUGUCAGUGCCUUUGACCCCAUGGAGGAACCAACUCGACUCAACCACAAUGUACCCACUUCAGGCAGCCUGCCCAGCCGGCUCAACGAAGCCAGCGACCCCCUGAAUGUUGAUAUGGAGUGGCGUCUCCACCACCCAGAACCAGUCACAGUACCCUACCUGAGUCCCCUGGUGCUGUGGAAGGAGCUGGAGUCCCUGCUGGAGAACGAGGGAGACCCUGUUAUCACAGUGUCAGCCGUGGUGGACCACCAUCCUAUCAUCUACUGGAACCUGGUUUGGUCCUUCAGACGUCUGGACCUGCCCAGCAACCUGCCUGGACUCAUACUGACCUCAGAGCACUGUAACAGGGGAUCUACGGUAGGGAACACUGUCUAUACAUUCCCUGUCCUGCCAUUGUCAGAGGACAGUACAGUGUACAGUGUCCUGAUCCAGAUCUUAUGAAACCUGAAGCUGCACAGUCUCAUCCAGCCGUUCUACAUCCUGUGGAACAUUCACAGGCUUAAUUGUGCUCUGUUGUUAGACAGUGUGGGCUACCCGUUGUGUCGUCCUGCGAGCGAGGCGGAGCGUCCGUUUGGGGAGGAGCUACUCCACAGCGUGGUCAAGAGCAUCCAGAGGAACGACGUUUCUCGACCAAUGGGACAGCUCCUACAGCUGCUGGGGCAGAGCCUGGGGGUCAAGAGGCAAAGGAGUCUGUACAGAGACAUCCUCUUCCUGUGUCUGGUGGCUCUGGGAAAGGACAACAUUGACAUCGACGCUUUUGACCGCGAAUACAAGAUGGCGUACGACCACCUCAGCCCCAACCUGGUGAAGCUGACGCACAACUGCGACCGUCCGCCCAGCGCUGGGGUCAUGGAGUGUCGCAAGACCUUCGGAGAGCCCUACCUCUGACCCCUUUACCCCUGACGUGUCACCUCCGACAGACACUCCACCCGGCCAGUGACCUCCGUCACUCGGCCAGUCACCUCCUCCACCCGGCCAGUCACCUCUGUCACUCGGCCAGUCACCUCCUCCACCCGGCCAGUGACCUCCGUCACUCGGCCAGUCA